UUUUUUUCUUCGUGUUCCGAAAAGGGUGUUCGGGUGUCGCCGAGGUCCACUUUCGUGUCUUUCCGGAAUCGGGUUCGGUUGUUUCCGGAUGCAUGGAUGAAACUCAAGCCUCCCGACUCGGCUUAUCGGAAGCAGCUGCGGCUGUGGCUGCGGUGGCUGCGGCUGUACGGGAUGGACCGGAGGUGACUUCAGUCACUGUGAUGACCGGGCCUGACGGUAGAAGUGCAACGGGAAACGGGUACACAGAAGUGACCGUGUCCAGUGUUGGCGCUCCUGGAGAAAAUGUUUUCACCACCUCAGUGGCCAGUUCAGCCUCCCUGUCCGAUCACGUGCUUGCGGAGAGGGCUUCACUUCAGAUUGGAGAUAGUCUGAGCACAGAGAAAGCUACAUUGAUUGUAGUACACACUGAUGGCAGCAUCAUGGACACCCAGAAUAUUAAAGUGCCAGCAGCCUCCAUGACACCAGGCUCUGAUAGGUCAUCCUCCUCACCAUCCCCAGGACCAGAAAAAGAUGGCACAAAAUACAACUGGGAUUCAUCAGCAUAUGAUAAUGAGUUACCAGUGCGGUGUCGUAACAUCAGCGGCAUCCUGUACAAGAAUCGUCUAGGAUCAGGGGGCAGAGGUCGCUGCGUGAAGCAUUCUGAUGGUUGGUACACUCCAACUGAGUUUGAAGCCAUUGCAGGCAGAGCAAGCAGUAAAGACUGGAAGAGAAGUAUUCGGUAUGCAGGAAGACCCCUGCAGUGUCUCAUACAGGAUGGGCUGCUUACUCCUCAUGCUGCGUCCUGUACCUGUGCGGCCUGCUGUGAUGACCUCAGCCUGAGUGGCCCUGUUCGUCUUUUCAUCCCUUACAAGCGCCGGAAAAAGGAAGGAGAGAUGUCAUCCGUCUCAGUCAAAAAAGACCAAACUAAGACCAUCAGCCUUCUUCCUGCAACAGCAGAAACCACUUUUACCGUGUCAUCGUCUGGACAGAUCACAGCCACAGAUUCACUGACCUUUGAGAGAGAGGCCACUGCGGAGGCGACUACUAUUCUGACUGAUAGUCCUACACAAGGAGAUGUAUACAGCGGAGCAGCAGCAGUGUUGUCCUCGCUCCCAGCGUUAGCACUAGCACCUAGUACUCCCACAAAAGAGGCUUCAUCUGGAGUGGUGAAUGGGCUGGAGGUACCGGAGCAACAGAGACCUUGGUUGUAUUUAGAAGAGAUGGUGAAUUCUCUGCUCAGUACUGCACAGCAGCUGAAAGCCUAUGUGGAACAGGCCAAAAAUGAGGCCGCAGCCUCCGCCGAGAGAAAGGAGUUCCCUAAUCAUCUCUUCCAACAGACAGAGGACAUGGAAAGCAAACAUGAGCUUUUACUUCGGCAAUCCUGUGUAAACUGCGGCAGAGAGGCUCUUAAUGAAUGCACCGGCUGCCACAAAGUCAAUUACUGCUCCAUCUUCUGCCAGCGGAAGGACUGGAAGGAUCACCAGCACCUCUGUGGCCAAGCUUCCACCCUGACAGUCCAUGCCGAUGAUGUUCACGUUACAGAGAAGGAGCCGGUCUGAUCUUCUUCUGGCCAUGAUCUGAUGGCGUCAUCAUCUUCUUCACCAAACACAAUGAAGUGGGAAGUGAUAAUAAGGGUUGUAGAUGGCUCGUAUAUUUUUUUAAUAAUAGAUGAAAUAUGACAUGUCUGAAAGGAUCUACUGGUCAGACACAAGGAGAACCUGAGUGGAUUUGGGUUGGGUAUUUAUACUGUUUGUAUGAUUUAUUAAUUAUAUGGUAUUUUAAAGACUUGAAUAUAAUGGUAACAGUAUACCAUCCUCAUUGUGUUAUGUCAGUGUUAUUUACGCUUUUUACGUAAUAUUGGGGCUGACAUCUACUUGGUAUUGUACCUGAUCAGUUCUGUUGGCCGGAUGUAUGUCAAAAGAGAGAUGCUAUUUUUGAUAUUUUAUAGUGUUAUGGAAGUCAAUGUAGACUUGUAUAUUGAACAGAGAGGCCAAUCAUGAUGUGAACAGAGCCUCGGUGUAACAUGCAAGUUGCUCGGGUUAUUCAGCAUAAAUUUUACUGAAAGCCAAAGACAAAUUUGCUGCAGAUGUGAGGCACAGACAUAACCGAAUACUGCCUGACGCCAAACUCUACAAAGCCGAUCCCCAGUCUCCUGACCUGAAGACUUGUAUUCAAAAUGCAGAAUGAAGAAUUGGCCUUGUAGAAUCACUGGUUCUACCAUCUUACUUGGCAUAGUGACAUCAGACAAGUAGACUUCUACAAGUGACCCACCCACUUGGUUCAUUCACAAGACUAUGGCGGAUUCUAGGAUUAGACCUUUGUGUCUCAGGCUACAGCUGCUUCCCUUUGGCCAGUGAGUGGAUGUGAAAGCUUCUGCCAUUGAAAUUCACCCCACCUUGUCUUAAAACCCCUUGCAAAAUUAUGAAAUCAUCGUACAUCGAGCAUGGUCACCUAGGUUUUUUACUUUGUAAAAUCUCCAUGAUCUUCAGAUCUUCCCUGAGAAUGCAGGACAGUCUCCUCUGAUAAUGGAGUGGUCUACCAUAAAAAUGGAGAAGUGGUUGCGCCAUAUUCAGCUAUCUUUGACUAUUUCCGUAGGGACUGAAUGAAGACCACUCCAAUCUCAGAGGAGACUCUGUUCCCCUGUUUUCAAGGGAGACUCUGUUCUGGAGUUAGCAAAGGGUCCUAGUAGUCAGACCCUCUGUUAUCAGAUAGAUAGCCAUAUAAAUAUAGUUAUCAGAUAGUUAUAUCAAUUUACCAGGAGUUAUAUAUGUCUAGAAGGUGGAGUUCUUCUGUUAAAGUGUACCCGUCAGAUCCCCAAAAAAAUUUUUUUAUACAUCACUCAGUACCUAAUCCUGACCAUGUACACCUUUUUAUGUGUCUAACACCUUUAUUUAUUUUUUUAUUACACUUUUAAUUUAGCUCACUAGUCUGAAUUCUUCUCAAAGGAAGGGGGCGUGGGAAGGGGCGUGGCCUCACUGUGCAGGUCUCCACCCCCUCCCUCAGUAUGCUGUCUGCUCACAUCUCCCCUAGCAUUAGCAAAACUACAACUCCCAGCUUUUCCUCACUGACAGUAGCGGGACACAAGCUGACAGUGGGAGGAUUUUUCCUGCAAUCACAGCUGUCAAUCAAGGAAGUGUCCAUGACAUAGGUGAUGACGCAUGGACACAGCAGGACUAGUAUGUGUCCAAGCAGGCAGGGGGGGGGCAGUUGUUUGACUGGCUUUUUCUGUAUGAAAUACUGAAAAUUUUCUAAUGAAAGCAAAUCCAAAACCUAUUGGUUAUACAUGCUUUACAACAUAUCAAAAGAUUUUGUAUCUGACAGUGCCCAUUUAAAGGAGAACUCCAGACCAUAAA